AGAAAUGGAGGAACAGAAUGCUGGACCUGGGAUUGAAGAUUUAUAAAGGAUUAUGGGAUUAUACAUUGAAGAGCCAGCAGGCGGAAUGCCUGAGUGACUGAAGAAAAUGGGUGCUAAUGCAUCUAACUACCCUCACUCGUGUUCCCCAAGGGUAGGGGGAAAUUCACAGGCACAACAGACAUUCAUAGGGACAUCAUCCUACUCUCAUCAAGGUUAUGGCUGUGAAUCAAAGCUGUAUAGCCUUGACCAUGGCCAUGAGAAACCUCAAGACAAGAAAAAGAAAACCUCUGGCCUUGCCACCCUCAAAAAGAAAUUCAUUAAGCGUCGGAAAUCUAGCCGAUCUGCUGAUCAUGCCAAGCAGAUGCGUGAACUCCUCUCAGGCUGGGAUGUCAGAGAUGUUAAUGCAUUAGUAGAAGAAUAUGAAGGGACGUCAGCCUUAAAGGAACUUUAUCUACAAGCUAAUUUGGCAAGACCAGAAGCCAGGACGCUACAAAAAGACAUGGCUGAACUGUAUCAGUACAAAUAUUGUACUGAUGUAGACUUAAUAUUUCAGGAAACUUGUUUUCCUGUACAUCGUGCGAUAUUGGCAGCAAGAUGUCCAUUUUUUAAGACUCUACUUUCUUCCUCACCAGAGUAUGGGGCAGAAAUAAUAAUGGAUAUUAACACAGCUGGCAUAGAUAUGCCUAUGUUUUCUGCUUUGUUACACUACCUUUAUACGGGCGAGUUUGGAAUGGAUGAUUCAAGAUUCCAAAAUGUUGAUAUCCUUGUGCAGCUCAGUGAAGAAUUUGGAACACCAAAUUCCUUGGAUGUUGACAUGCGCGCACUGUUUGAUUACAUGUGCUACUAUGAUGUUGUUCUUAGCUUUUCAUCCAACUCUGACUUAGUCGAAACUUUUGGUGGGAGUCAGAACUGUCUAGAUGAAGAGCUCAGAGCUCACAAAGCUAUUAUUUCAUCACGGUCUCCAUUUUUUCGUCACUUGCUGCAGAGGAGGAUACGAACUGGUGAAGAAAUCACAGACCGAACUCUACGAACUCCAACUAGAAUUAUAUUGGAUGAAUCUAUCAUACCAAAAAAAUACGCUAAGGUCAUUUUGAACUGUAUGUAUACAGAUGUGGUGGACCUCUCAGUUUUGCACUCCAGCCCUUCAGUGGGCAGUUUAAGUGAAGUUCAGGCUCUUGUGGCAGGAAAACUCAACAUGACUAGGGCUGAAGAAGCUAUGGAGCUUUAUCACAUAGCACUGUUCUUGGAGUUUAACAUGCUUGCACAAGGCUGUGAAGAUAUUAUUGCUGAGAGCAUCUCACUAGACACCUUAAUUGCCAUUCUGAAGUGGAGCUCUCAGCCCUACGGUUCCAAGUGGGUACAUCGUCAAGCGCUACAUUUCCUCUGUGAGGAGUUUACCCAGGUCAUGACUUCAGAUGUCUUCUACGAGCUCAGCAAGGACCACCUGCUCACAGCUAUUCAGUCUGACUAUUUACAGGCAAGUGAACAAGAUAUUCUUAAAUAUCUGAUUAAAUGGGGAGAACACCAGUUGAUGAAGAGAAUAGCAGAUCGAGAGCCUAAUUUACUCAGUGGUACUGCUCACAGUGUGAAUAAAAGAGGCGUGAAGAGGAGAGAUCUUGACAUUGAGGAGCUGAGAGAGAUCCUGUCUCCACUUCUACCUUUUGUCCGCAUUGAGCACAUCUUACCCAUGAAUAGUGAAGUACUGAGUGAUGCAAUGAAGAGAGGCCUGAUUAGUACUCCUCCUUCAGACAUGCUACCGACAUCAGAAGGUGGAAAGUCAAAUGCCUGGCUGCGGCAAAAAAAUGCUGGAAUAUAUGUGCGGCCAAGACUGUUCUCACCAUAUGUGGAGGAGGCUAAGAUCUUGAUGAAAUUCCACCGGAAACAAAGCAGCGUUCUGAGGGAAACCUCCCUGGUUUCCAGCCAGUUUGCCGGCCCAGCUCCUCGGCAGCCCUCCUGGCAGGCGGAUGGCAAGUCGGUGCUGGAUGAGAUGAUGGUGGAACAAACCGAUCUCGUUCGUUUGCGGAUGGUUCGAAUGUCCAAUGUGCCCGACACCCUGUACAUGGUCAACAACGCGGUGCCGCAGUGCUGUCACAUGAUCACCCACCAGCAAGUUAGCACUAACCAGUCCAGUCCUCCGUCGGUGAUAGCCAAUGAGAUCCCAGUUCCCAGUCUCCUCGUUGUGAAGGAGAUGAUCAAACGGCUGCAGGAGCUGCGUCACACGGAGCAGGUGCAGAGAGCGUACGCGCUCAAUUGCGGGGAAGGUGCCACCGUCAGUUAUGAGAUUCAGAUCCGUGUGCUCCGGGAAUUCGGGCUUUCUGAUGCUGCUGCUGAACUUCUGCAGAAUCCUCACAAAUUCUUCCCUGAUGAGCGAUUUGGGGACGAAAGCCCACUCCUGACCAUGAGGCAGUCCGGCCGGUGUCGCGUUAACAGCACUCCCACUGCAGAAACCAUGUUUACAGAACUGGACUCUUUUGUGGCCUUCCAUCCACCAUUGCCCCCUCCGCCGCCUCCAUACCACCCACCAGCGACUCCUAUUCAUAACCAGUUCAAAGUGGGCUGGAAACAAAGGGUGCCAAGUCAACAUCCCUCCCGUUCCUUUUCUUACCCCUGUAACCACUCUCUGUUCCACUCCCGAGCGGCCCCCAAAGCGGCGCCGCCCGUCUACCUGCCCAGCGUGAAGGCAGCGCCUCCCGACUGCACCAACACCGCGGGGCUGGGGAGGCAAACCGUGGCUGCAGCAGCAGCAGUGAUGGCAGCCGACAAGCAGGUCUGUACUCAGCCCUUGCUAAAUGAGCUGAUGCCAGAUAUCGCGAUGGGUGUGUCGGCGAUGUCUUUAAAGGACAGAAGGUUACCAGAGCUCACGGUCGACACAGAACUAAGCCAGCCGGUUACAGAGGUAGGGCCCGGUCCACCCCAGCACAUUUCAUGUCUUCAGAACAGACACAUGCCCACUUCUCGAAAGAAACAUGCAAUAGAGCAAAAAAUAGAUGCUCGCGAAAAUCAGCAGGAAUACCCUGACUUCUAUGACUUCUCUAAUGCUGCAUGCAGACCCUCCACUCCAGCACCCAACAGGCACAGUCCUUCGCCUUCACAAGGCAUCUAUUUUGGCCCAGAUUUGUAUAGCCACAACAAGGCAUCACCGAGUGGCUUAAAGCCAGCCUAUCUACCUUCCCAGAUAUCUCCUAAAAAGCAAGAGGAGGCUCGGUGGGAAUACCUGCUCUCCCAGGACGGGCACCAACACAGACAGAAGAAUGAGCCAAUACACCUCGAUGUCUUAGAGCAACCUCCCCAGCGACUGGACCUGGCCUUGGCUGCCCAGGAGAACGCUGGGAAUGGCGCGGGACAUGUCAGGGGAAGAACCAAGAUGGAAACGGAUUUGACCUACGGGCUGACCUCCAGCAGGGCCCCGCUCCCUGCCUACACCCCUGAGAUGCCAGAGGAGAGACCCAGCAGGAGACUGACGGACGACGAGCCGUUGGAACCCGGCGCACAGAGAAACGCGGAUUUGGAAAGGGAAGACGCAGCAAGCAGGGGAAGGAGGUCUCCAAAUAAACCAGACUUCCUCUACAAAAAAUCUGCCCUAUGAAAGCGACCUCCACUAUUUCUCUGUGCCUAAGAGUUAGUUGUCAGCAUCCCAUUCUCUGCAACUUUUGGCCUGUCUUCGGUCAGAUGAGUUUGUUCAUGCCAGCAGACAAAUUCGGCUUCGCUCACCUCUUUUUGUGCGUACAUCGCUUCCUUAGAGACAGCAUGACAUCAGUUUGGGUUUUGAUGCUGCUUCUGGUUUUAUUUUGUGGGGAAUUUUUUUGGAGCAAAUUUAAUUUAGCCUUUUGAAAAAAAAAACAAACCACAAAACCCCAACAAAAACGUUGGUACCUUUUUUCUACAACCUGGUAGCCUUUUGCACCUGUACAUCUAUUUUAGUGUAUUAGUUUUGUACUAAUAUGUUAAACUUUAUUGUCACAUUUAAAGGACUGUAUUUUCAUACUUUUGCAUUUUCCCUUCUGCCUGCCAAUUCCCGAUGUGCAUUGGGUUGCACAUCAUGAAAUGUAUUUUCUUAUGAGAUAGUAACAAUGCGUUUAUUUUUUAAUUAUAGGAAUUCCAAAGAACAGCACAUCAAAAUACUACAUUUUUAGUUACAUUUUUUUGCUUGUUUAGAUCUGAAAUCUUCCUGAUUUUUACAGCUACGGCAAGAAUCCAGUCUAAAGUUUUGUUUGAAAAGUUCUGGCAGCUGGUCUUAUCCUUCUAUAGCAAGCCCACUUCAAGAAUUAUAUUUGGGUUUUUAAGAGUCCGGGGGGAUAUUUAGGAGUCCAAAUUCCAGUGAAAUUCACUGGGAUCCAACAGUCUGGUUCUGCUUGCCUUCUGGUUCAGCUGUGACUGUGGAGAACUCCAUGAUCACCCAGAAGCACUUACUAGACAGACUAGAAUUGCUCAUUUGCCCAUGCAGAAAGAAAUCUAGAAAUACUGUAAAAAUGAUAGUAAUAACUUGUUCUUCCAGCUACCUGUACGUGGGGGUAAGUGAAGUCUGGAGUGAGGAUUCCUGCUAAAUCCUGGAGUGUCAGGAAGAUGAGGCGUAGUGUCUCUGCUGUUGCCUGAAUGGUGACCCUCUGCCCGAGGGUUCUCUCUCCAGCCGCGGUGCUGAGGUGGCUGCCCAUGGCCUUGCUCUCUCCUGCCUACGGUUACUAAAGGGCUUCACUCUCAGUGACGUCGUGCCGUGUUCCUGCCCUGACCCCAAGUGCUGCCGACUUCAGAGUCGCAGCUGUUCUGUGAACAAAGUCCAAGAGAAGAGUAGCUGCUCUGGCUUCGUGAGUCGCGCGAAGCUUUAGCAUCCUUACAUUGCACUUCCCUUCCCCAGCUUGGCUUUGUUGAAAGCACAGACAUGAGAUUCACCUGUUGACGUGGUGCAAAGAGGGAAUGAUCGUGAGCCAGGCUCACGUCGGGGUUAAGCAAUACCCCGGCUGUAAGCCUUAUCCUGAAGUGGAUCCUUAAGGCUUCCCAGGCAGUUUUCACUGCAGAUUCACUGCAUUUUGGAUAGGGAUCCUGGUGUCACCGCAGCCUAGUGAGUGCUGGUAAAGGCCUGUUUGCUUUUUCUAAAUGCAGUUCCUAGAAAGAAGGAUUUCCCUGUAGUAGAAACCUUUAAUCCCAGGCGUGACCUAAGAACUGCUUUAAGGUUGGGUUGUUUCCUGCAGUUCGAAAUGCUUAAUACUAUUUAAACAGAAGUCUUGCUGCAACUUCUCUUUUUAUUUGGUGGCAGAUUCUUACCCAACCACUUUCUUAAAAGUAUGCAAGGCCCAGUAACACCACCGCAGUGUUACUGACAUACAUGGAAUACUGCAUUUCCAAACUACCAAAUAAUAGCUUUUACGUAACUGAAGAUAUGGGUCUUUGAACCAAAACACCCUCACGUCUCCCCUGCGUACACCUCUGGUGGCCUCCUGCUGCUGUGGCAGCCCUGCAGACACUCCAUUUGAGAUGCAGCCAUGGAAGGUGUGGUGUAGGACUGGAGGAGAAACUUAGCUGAGCUGCGCAGGUGAUGUGUCCUGUGGGUGAGGGGAGGUGUUUGGGGGUUGGUUUUUUUUCUCUGUCAGCCUUUUUUAAUCUAGAUUCUAUUUUUUUUUGAGCACAGUCAAGACUCUUGGUGGUCCUGGCCCCGUCACCAGUCGGUGGUAUUUCCCUGGGGCUGCAGUGUAGGACAUUGUUAAAGGCAAGGAGGGGUGGUGGGGGACGGUGCUGCUGCAGGUUGGGGACAGAGUUUCGCUGGGUUUGCUCUGGAGGUGUGAGGCUGGAAGCAUUCCCUUUCAUCACACACACAAAAAACCCCCAAAACUCCCUGCAUUUGUCAUGUGUACAUCCAUAGCUUAAUUACUAAAAUGUUACAGCUCCCCUCGGAAGACUUCCCAUUCUGAAUAAUUUAUUUUUACCUAAAAUUGUUAGAUGUGCUUUGAGAGAACUAUUUUAGUUCCCGUAGUUGGAUGUGGCACUGUGUGCCUGGACAGAGAUAGGGCUGAAAUCUACAGAUGGAGCUUUUAAGCUUGAAAUUUUUGGGGACGUGGCUGAUGAAAACAGAAGUUUUGAGGUUAUGGCUUGAGGGAAAUCUUGAAAUGCUUGAGCUUUGGAAUAAGCUGGUGAGAAAUGCUUAUCUUGGGGAGGGCGACAUGGCUGCAUUUUAGAAUACAAAAUUGCUUCUGAAGUUUCAGAAGCUGAGCAGUAUUAAAAAGAGAAUUCAGUGUUUAAAAGUAGGUGCAAAGCAAAGACAAGUCCUUCUGAGGCCACAAAGACAAUCAGGCCACGUAGACAAUCUGCCUUUUCUCUUGUGUAUUUUGAGUUGGGAAGAAGAUGGCGGCAAACGGCAGCUGAUUCUUAGUGGAAGAGAAGGAUUUGUCAAAUUCCUGGAACUGUGUUUUUUUUAUACUCCAGCGUAGGAUUUCCUGCCUGGUUGGACUUGCAGAGGGAGGGGAGAGAGACCAUGUUUAUUCUUCACAGCAGCAUUACUGGGAAGCUUGUGUUCAUCCUGCAUCUCCCUGGCGGAACACACCUGCCUGUGCUCCCUGCUGCUGCUGCUUCUCUGUCUACUGAAACUUUGGUGCAGAAGCUCCUUGUUUACAUGAAGCACUUUCUGAUUAGGCUGGAAAUUAACAUCUUUUCCUCCUCUAAAUGUGAUGGAGAUAACAGAUUACUGGUUAUCUUUUGCUUGAGGAUAGAGGUAUGAACAUUUAAGUUUUCUUGGCCGAGGCAGACUCGUGCUCCUUGCUCUAGUCAAGAGAGAGCUCAGACUUUCAUUUAGUGAGCAACAUGCAAAAACUUCCUAGUCCCUUCUCCCUGACCCCCUCCUCUUUUCCUUAAUAUAUGGAUGAAUAACUUAAUUCCUGAAACAGAUUCUUCCUUUGAAAUGUUUUCUUGUUCCACAGAGUUACUGUAGUUGUAUGUUAAUAACUGCUGUGUUGAUUGGCAGUUUCUUGUUGUAUUUUUCCUGUUCUUGAGGAGUUUCAUUUCUGAAAGUUAAGGCUGUGGCCGCCUGUACUUGUAAGCCUUGGGUUUUGGUCCUGGAAUGUCCCAAAUGUUUGUCUUCUGCGUUCCUUUGGUUUGGGUUUGGUAGGGGUUUUUUUGGGGGGUUGGGUUUUUGGGGGGUUGGUUGUUUUUUUGUUUGUUUUUUUUUCUUUGGAAAGAACACUCCUGCUGUUUGUUCUUCUAGUGAGGAUACACUUACAUGGUGGGGGUGGUGCUGAGCUCUGCCCAGCGCAGGAACAGCCGAGAGAUAAAGUUGUAAAACGGUUAUUUGGGGUUUCUGUCAUUAUCUGUACUGCCAGAAGGUCGCCCUGCCUUCGGCAACGUUACGGUUUCGUUUCUUGUCCUUGUGUUGUUACUGGUAUAAAGUCAAGUGCCUUCAAUGCUAAAGGCUCAGAAAACUUUCUUAAACUGACUUCAUGUCCUAUGCAAGUGUUUUUUCUACAACCUGCAUAACCAGUACUUUGUAAAACUUGUUUACGCUUCAAUUGUACAUAGUGUUUUUUUAAAAAAAAAAAUAGUAUUUUUAUUUAGGUACCUCCAAACUUGAAUUCUAGUCUUGUGUGAUGCAUUGUAAAACAAUACAUUUCUCUUUUGAGUACCAUUACAGUUGUAAAAAGGUUUUCACUGGUUCUAUUUUUCUACUGUUGCUGAGAAGCAUGUAACACUGACUUUAUCCUACGUAUAGUUGGCAUUUCAAAUAAAUGGCUUGUAUAGAA